AUGUCCCAGCCCGAUGGACUGCAGCAGAACCUUCUGCCCGCCAAGCGCACAGCCCUGCCAUCAGCGCGACGUGGACCAACCAAUAAUAAUGCAGCGGAAGCACCCGCUUCCGUGGAUACCGCGAGUAAAACUUCUCAGAGGACUGCCGCACCAAAGAGGAAGCGCAAGGCGCCUGAUCAGUUGCCACUCCACUCAAUAAGAAACAAGAUGGGAUCCGCAUCUAACCUUGAAAACACGACUAUCGGCACGCAGGCGUUGGAAAUGAAGCAAGCUUCGCAGGGUUGGGAAGCGAUACUUGCGAAGACCACCGAGCAACAACUCGAAUUCCGUUAUAAUCUAAUGGCAGAGCUUCAGCUACAACGUCAAGCGGAGCGCGCAAGGGCUGAGUGGAGGCUGGCGUACGAGGGUGUGAAACAGCAGUUACAGAAGAAAGCCUUGGAGGUGAUCGAACUACAGAAGAAGCUCGAUGCUAAGGAGUCAUCCCAGACUGUAAAUGUCCAGACGGUGGCUCGGAGCGGCAAUUUAUAA